AAAUGUCCCGUCGCACUACAAUCCCUGAUCAACCGGCCCGCCCCGUCUCGCUGGGAAGCUGCAUCCUCUAUGGUUGCGGAGCGGGACUUUUAGGCGUCGCUGCAAUGACUGUCGGAGAAAAAAUUGAACAAUUCUUCACCGGACGCCCAAGCUCCUAUGUCCCGGGCCACACUUUAGAGCGGCUUUUGUCACUCCCCGUUCGACCCGAUUCUGAGCGGUUUGGACUGAACAUGGCGAUGCACUACGGACAGGGAGCAGCCGCAGCAAUAAUUAGAGCGCUUAUGAGCGCGAAUGGGAUUCGCGGGCCGUUCUCAGAUUUCAUGUUCAUAUCUGUCAGGUUAAUGAUUGAUCAGACGUUGGAGAAUUGGACUGGUGUUGGGGCACUGCCUUGGACAUGGCCUGUCAACGAGCAGGUCAUUGAUAUACUGCACAAGGCAGUCUUUGCGUUCGUCACAGGAUAUUUCACGGAUAGGUGGAUUCAGUGACCUUGGCUAGCCGAAUAUGGCCAUGCUAGCCAAUUUUCUAGAGGCUAUUGGUCACUCUACGCUGUUCCAACUCAUCUUGUGCUUACACUGGUUAUUUAAUGUAGUUGUUCCCGUUCCUACACAGCACCUCUGCAGCAAUAACCCGGCUGUUAAAAAACACCGUUCUUCGA